AUGUCGAAGCACAGCCAUGUGUCAAUCACGCUGGACGAGGUCCAAGGCGGCUCGGACAAGGUUGGGACGGUAGUUGACCAGCAGAACAUGGAUCGACUCGGCAAGACGCAAGAGCUACGGCGCAACUUCAGGUUCAUCUCUGUGUUGGGCUUCACGGCGGUGUUGAUGUGUACUUGGGAGGCCAUCCUCUUUACAGCGAGCUACAUCCUCCCCAACGGCGGCCGCGCCGGAAUGGUCUGGAUGUAUGUCAUCUGCUUGUUCGGCUUUGGUCUAGCGAUUCUGUCAAUGGCGGAGAUGGCAAGCAUGGCACCCACUUCGGGCGGUCAAUACCGGUGCCCGAGUUCAGUCCACGCAGUUGCCAACGGUUCCUCAGCUACAUCAGCGGUGCUUGGAUGGCAGGUCAACAUCGCCAGUGGCUGCUAUCUGGUGACAUUGCAAUUGCAAGGCAUCAUCGCGCUCAACGACUCCGCUUACGUGCCUCAGCCGUGGCAUGGAACGCUUAUGAUCAUCGCCGUCGCGACGCUCGCCAUUGUCUUCAACACCUUCUUCGCCAAGAGACUGCCGCUGAUUGAAGGCCUUGUUCUGAUCAUACACGUUUUUGGGUUCUUCGCGAUCUUGAUACCGCUUUGGGUUCUAUCUCCCAUCCAGCCUGCAAAAGAGGUCUUUACCAGCUUCACGAGCGCAUAUGGUUGGCCGUCGCAAGGACUGGCGUGCCUCGUGGGCAUUGUCGGGCCCAUGUACUCGCUGUUAGGCCCAGAUUCGGCUGUGCAUAUGUCUGAAGAGAUUCGCGAUGCGUCUCGCGUCCUCCCACUCGCCAUGAUGUGGACGCUUAUUAUCAACGGAACCACGGGCUUCAUCAUGGUUGUCACAUUUGCGUUCUGCCUCCCCGACAGACUCGUCACUGGCAAUCCGGCCUAUUUCUUCGCCUACAUCGAUACCUUCUACAACGCUACCGGCAGCAUAGCAGCAGCUAGUGUCAUGACCGCGCUUAUCGCUACACUGUGCCUUUGCAGUACUAUCAGCGCCGUUGCAACUUCAUCGAGGCAAAUGUUCGCUUUUGCCAGAGAUGGAGGGCUCCCUUUCAGCGCUUUUCUGUGCAGAGUCCGUCCGGGGUGGGACAUCCCACUCAACGCCGUGGUCGUCUCGUUCGUCAUCACUUGCCUCCUUUCACUGAUCAACCUGGGCUCGGCCGUUGCGUUCAACGCGAUUGCCUCUCUCACCGUCGGCGCCAUCUUAAGCUCUUACAUCAUCUCCAUCUCCUGCGUAUUGCUUCGCAGGAUCAGAAAGGACCGUCCUCUACCAAGUAAGAGAUGGAGCUUGGGCGCAGCCGCUGUGCCAAUGAAUAUUGGCGCGAUACUCUUCCUGAUCGUGGUCUAUUUCUUCACGUUCUGGCCGCUCGUCAACCAGCCGACGCUCGCCUACAUGAACUGGAGCUCUGCGAUGUACGGAGGUACGGUGAUCUUUGCUGUGGUGUACUUCUUGAUCUGGGGACGGAAGACAUACUCGGGACCUGUUGUUCUGGUGAAACAGGAGUACUAG